CUGGCCGCAGCCGCCGAGAGCCAGCCGGCGUCCCUCCGACUAAAAGAGGUCAGACACCUCCUCUCCCAAUCUCUGCACUCGCGUGAAGUUAGAUUGCUGGUGGUAAUUUUCAAUUCGUGCAAUCAGGGCAUCAGCCAGGUCCUUUCGAUCGUAGAUACGCUGCACCAGCCAUGGUUAGACGGCCUGGAGCUGCUGCAAGAUGCCAUGGAUAACAAACGCGUCCUCUCAACUGGAAUCGCAGCUGUCGAUUCGUUUCUCCAUGGUGGAUUGCGGGUGGGGCAGUUGACCGAAUUAGCAGGACCGUCCUCAUCUGGCAAAACCCAAGUAGGGAACUUCUUUUCAAGCAAACGUAUACGUCACUUCCUUUCUGAGAACGGCAGUCCUCCCUCCAGUCAGGACGAUGCUGGCAUUGUACAUAGAGUGAUGAGCAGAAUAUGGCGUCACUCGGUUUUCGAAAUCUCUUUGUUGUUUGAUAUGCUACACCAGUUGGAGUUCAGAUUGGGAUCACAGGAAUGCAUGGAAGGCUGUAAGGUUCAGUUACUGAUAGUUGAUUCAGUCUCCUCGUUGAUCACACCUAUCCUUGGAGGCGGCAGCUCGCAGGGAUAUUCUUUGAUGGCAUCUCUAGGAGUUUUGCUGAAGAAGUUAGCACACGAGCACGAUAUCGCAAUCCUGGUGACCAAUCAUAUGGUAGGUGGAGAGCGGGGGAACCCUAAACCGGCUCUGGGAGAGAGUUGGAAGAGCAUUCCACAUGUGAGGCUGCUGCUCUCUUGCGACUAUGAAACCAAUACCUGCAACAUUUCCACUCUAAAACACCCUUCGCUGGCAGCAGGCAGAUCAGCAAGCUUUGUGAUUGAUUAGGGAGACUACAAGGGGUACCUCCUAUCCUAGCCAUAACAUGUGAAUAUAAAAGGUUUAGUGGUCUUAAAGAAAUGUGCAGGAAGCUCAGGAAUAGAAAUGUGCAAAGCUUCUUGAAGUGGUCCUUUGCUGCAAGGUGGCUGUAUCUAGACAAUUUGCGUAGUUAGGUUUGGAAAUGAGAGCUUGAUGCUAGGCAUAACUUAGCCCCAUGUACUUAGUAGGCACGCUUUAAUCACUAACCAAAACAACUAGUGAUAGUCUAUUAGUCUGAUUUUCCUUUCUUUACUUUAUUAUAAAAAAGGAUAAUGUGUAUUUAUUAUCCAUACAUUUUUUGUAUUCUUUUAUUUUAGC